AUGAGCAACACUAUUCAUGAGGAAAAUAUAUGUCAUGUGCUUUUUCCAAAAUGCAUGGAAAACCAUUUAGAGCUGUUGAACAAUAGAGAAAAUUCAGACAAUGACGAAAAAUUAAAUUCGUUAAAUUUUAUUCAUGAAAAAUUAAUAGAUUUUUUUAACAAAUGUAAUGAUGACGAAAAAAAAAGGUUUUGUGUUUUUUUUCAUCACUAUUUAUUUCGUUCAUUAAAUAUGUGGAUUAAUGACGAAUUUGAUGAAUGUAGGAUAUUUGCUCUUAACAUAUAUUUUUUAAUUGAGACUAAUUUGAACGAUAUUUUGUUAAAUGAAAUUUUAUUUAAAAACAUUGAAAACGAUAAAAAUAAUUUUCUUCUAAUUUGUGUAAAUAGACUAAAAGAAGAUGAAAACCAAAAAAUCGUUGAAGAGAAAGAAGAAAUACGAUUAAAAAUUUUACAAUUUUUAAAACUAAUUAUUAACAGAUAUAAAAAUUACCAAACAAAUAAAGAUAUGCUUAAUAUUUAUAUUUACAUUCAGGACAUUUUAAUUGCAUUAAGUCUUUUAAUUAACGACCCUUUUCCUCUUAUAAAAAAAACUUCCUUUGAAAUUUUAUCGGAGCUUAAUUUUGAAGAACCUCAAAAAGAACUUGUUCCAUUGUAUAGAAAUAUUUUAAAAAAAUCGCUAACUAACUUAUCAGUUAGGAAUCAUGAAAUUCAGGAGUUAGCCCUAAAAUGUAUAAAAAGGUUUAUGUCCUUUGAAUGCAACAGGGAUAUUCUUAAUGAAACGACAAAAUGUUUAAAAAAAGUUUUUUUAAAAAAAUAUGUAAAUGUUUUAUUUGAGGUUGCAGAUUGUAUUGAAGUAUGGAAUUUAAAAAUAAAAAAUUUAAAUAAUAUUGAAAUAGCAAAAUUGAUAUUUAUCAUUUUAUUAUGUAUGAAUUCAAAUAUUUCUUUAUCCUUAAAUGAAAGGUGUUAUGAGGUUUUAGUUUCAAUAUCUAAAGCAAAGAACUUACCAAUUUUAGAAGGCAAUGCAAAAGAAGAUAUAGAUAAUUAUUUAAAUAAUUUAAAAUAUAAUUUAAGAAAUGAAAAAGAUGAAGGAUGUGAAUAUAUUAACAGUACUAAUAAUGAUUAUGACAAUAAAAAAAUUAAAAAAAAAUAUGUAUAUUAUGAUGACACAAAUGUAGACAUAUAUGAAUAUUAUUUUCAGAGUAUAAAUAAGUUUAGUCAUAUAUUAUUCACAUCAAACAUAUUAAAUACAACUUUAAAUAAUUUUUUUAUUAAUAUUAAAAAAGAACUUUUUUACGAAAUUAUGAACAAUGUAAAAAAUUCUUGGACAGAUAAAGAAGAUUUAUUUGCUAAUAUAAUAAAUACAUUCUUAUUAUAUACAUAUUAUGAUAUUUCAUAUUUUAUUAAAAAUAUUAUAUUAUUUAUUUACAAAUCACUAGUACAUUUUAAAUGCAUAGAUUAUCCUACAACCCCGUUACUAAUAAAUGAUAUAUUAAUGUUAUUAGCCCAAGACAAAAAACCAAAUUUAGAAAAAUAUUAUUAUGAAUUUGAUUCUUUUUUAUAUAUAGCAAAAUUUAUCUAUCUCAUUAUAACAUGUGGAUAUUUAAUGUCUGUACAUGAUCUUGUUUUUGAGAUGGCAAAAAUAUUAUUAGGAGAAAAUAACAAAAAUGCAGUUUUAAAAUUCUUACAAAAAUUUAAUAAGGAAUCAAUAUCAGAGGCUAAACAUUUGGAGGGGACACACAAUAAUAAAACAUUCAUGCAAAAUGAAUUUAUAUUUCAAAAUGAAAAUUUUCACAAAUACCUACAAAAAGUAUAUCAUAUGACCUUUGAAAAAAAAAAUGAAAUUAUAAUAGAGGAAAGAAAUAACGAGGAAUCUUCUGUUUAUUUUAAAAGAGAUUUUAAUUCCGAUCAAGCUCAUCAAUCGUUUGAAGAAAAGAAAGAGGUUGAUUCUGAAAAUGAUAUAGAUCGAUAUAAUACAAAUACAGCCAUUCAAGGAUAUACCAAUCAUAGUAAUGCUGGUGGAAAUACAGGAAAUGAAUUAAAUGAGGAAAAAAGAGGAAAUGAAAAUAAUAAAUAUGAGGAAGAUAUAAUAGUAGACACUUCAGAUAUUUGGCUUAAUGAUUAUUGCGAAAAUGAAGUAACAAUGGUAUAUGGAAAUAAAAAAAUUAUAUUGAUGAUGUUGUCACAACUUUUAUGUGGACAUUAUAUAAAAUCAUAUACCACCUCAAGCAAAUUAAAUGAUGAAUGCAUAAAUUUAAUUUUAUUUUUAAUUAAUGAAAAUAUAAAUUAUGAAAAUUUAGACACUUUUCCAUAUAUUUUAAUAACACUAAAACUGUUAUUGCAUAUUAUUAAAAAGGAGUGUAAACAAUAUAGUAAAAUAAUAUUUCAUUUUUUAAUAAUUUUACAAUCAAAUGAUCAGAAUAUUUCACAUAAAGAAAUAAAUAAAAUAAUUGAAAAAAUUGAAUAUUAUAAUGAGACAAAUAGAACACAUUUUUAUAAUGAAGAAUAUAUAUUUUUUAUACAAAAUAUAAAAAAUAUAAUAGACUUUAAUAAUUUUAAUAAUUUCAAAUAUGUUAUAGAUUUUUUAAAUACAUUAAUUUGUAAUAUUACUGAAAAUGUUGUCAUAGAAUAUUCAUCUCAUUUAAUUGACUUUUUUACCUUAAUAAUUAAUCAUGAAUUAUUACCACCCUUGAUGAAAUCAGAAUUUUUAUUAUUUUUAAAUUUAUUCUGUUCUAAAGAUAUAUUCCCUAAUUUCUUCUCAAAUAAUUCAGAAUAUUUAAUUAAAAACAUAUUACUACCAUUAUGUAAAUGGAAAAGCGGAUUAAACGAAGCUUGUAUAAGAAAAGGUGCAUUAUAUUGUAUUAGGGCAUUAUUCAAUAAGUACAAAAAAAUACACCAAACUGAUAUUUUUAAAAACAGUAUUUUAAUAGAAUCUUUAAUAAGGGUAUUAAAAUCCAAUAUUGAUGAUACAUGGAAUAAUGAAAAUAGAGAAAUAUGUAUAUCUAUAUUUUCCCAAUUUUCUGAAAAUAUUAAUAAUAAUAAUAUCUUACUUGAUUUAUUAAAUAGUUUAAUCAAGUUGUUAGAUGAUUCAAAUAAAAUCAUUCGCAAGUCUUCCGCUUUAGCUAUAUAUACACUUAUUCAAAAUAAGUUUUUAAUAUUAUCUGAUGAUCUAUGUAAAAAUAUUUUCCCUAUUUUCUUAUUACAUAUGGAUGAUGAUUCUUCAAGUAUUAGUGAAAUAAUAUAUAACAUUCUUUCUAUUGGGAAAAAAAUUAACCCCCAAGUUUUAUUAAAGGAACUAGAGCAUACACAGGAGAGUACACCUCAUGCCAAGAAAUUCAAACAACAGUUAAUGAAGUGA